AUGCCACCUAAAAAGGAUGAAGUUGAUUUGAAUGCUUUACCACCACUCAAGCAUCUUUGUGUUGGUAUUAGAAUUGAAGCUGGAAAGACUCGUGCUGGAAAAUUAUUAAAUUUACUCAAAGAAUGCAAAUCAUUUCAGAAAAAUAUAACUAGAGAAGAAAUAAUCAAUUUUUGUAAAGAGAAGUAAUUGUAUGUUGAUCCUGCUACUUUAACUGAUAAACAAAAGAAAGUACACUUUUUGUUUUGAUAUUAGGAUUCUAAAUUUAUGGCAGAAGUAGCUACAGAAUUAACAUCAGAAGUUAUGAAUAAGGGAUUUUAGAUGUUCAUUUAAGAUUAAGUCUUAUAAAUAAGGAAAGCUAAGUAUUAAGCAACUUAAGCAUAAGCAGCAGAGAAAGCUGCACCACCAAAGAAAGAUGACAAGAAAGAUGCAAAGAAGGGAGGUAAAGAAGCAGUGGCAGUUGCACCAAUUCCAGAACCUGAAAAAGUUGUACCUGAGAAAGAGUACACUAAGAAUUUUGAUAUUGUUUUUAUUGUAUAAGGAUUUCCUCAAGUACCAUAAGAAUAGAUUGAAUUUAUUAUGCAUGUCAAAGAGAAAGUAUUUAAUUGGGGUGGAAUUGAUAUGAAUCUAUUAGAAUAAGGAGAGGAUUUCUAAGAAGAAUUGGAAAAGAGAAUGGAAGAAUUUGUAUAACCAGUUACAAUUAAGAGAUCUUAUUCAGAAGAAUCAUUACAUUAUACAGCUGCAGAAAGAGCAGUCAUAGAAGAAAUCAAAAAAUAAAGAAAUUGUUCACAAAAAUCAGAUCCACUUAGAUAACUUACAAUUAAGGAAUUAAUAUUGGAAAUGGAUUUAGAAGCUGAAGAAGAAACACUUAAAUAAUUUCAUGAAUAAUUAAUUGAAGAAAUAUGUUAAUUUAGUGUAGAUCAAUAAUAAUUUAAUGAAUGGAUUGUGAAUAAAAAACCAAUUCCUUUAAUUACUAAGGAAGCACCAAAAGAUCCAUUUGAUUUAGAAGUUGAACGUAUUAAGCAUGAAGCUCAUUUAGCAGAAGAAUAAUAGAAGGCAGCAGAAGAAGCAGUUGCUGCAGAGAAAAAUAAAAAAGGAGCUAAGAAAGAAGCUAAGAAAACUGAUGCAGAAUUAGAAGCUGAGAGAUUGGCUGAAAUAGAAAAGAAUAAAUAAAAUGAAUUGAGAAAAUAAUAAAUUGAAGAAGCUUUGGAAUAACAAUAAAAAAUGAAAGACAAAUUACAUUUAUAAUAUUAUAAGCGAUAAUUAUCUGAUGUGCAAUUAUCAAAAGUAGGACCUUGUAUCUUAUUAGAAUGUUUAUUAGAUUAAUUAUCUGCUGAAGCUGCUUAUAUAUAAAGUUCUAAAGUACCUCCUUGUUUAGAGGAUUAAGAAGAUGCAGAAUAAGUUAAUAGACUUUUAGCUAAUCAAAAAAAAGAUUAAUAAUAAUAAGUAGAGAGUGCUAAAUAAUUGAUAUUAGAUGAAUGUGAUUAUAUUGAAGUAAGAGGACAUUUAGGUUAAUUGCAUGAUUAAUAAUUUAUUGUAGAGAGAGAACACAAAAUAUUUGAUAAUUUAUGUUUACCUGGUAUUGAUAGAUAAGGUAUGCCUGAAAUAGCAGAAAAAUCAGAAAAACUAAGAAAAGCUAAUAAGGCAAAGUUACAUCCAUUUAUAAAUGUAGAUGUAAGUGAAUUUGAAAGAAGACAAUUACUUUUAUCUUUUGAAGAAUUACUCAAAGAAAAUGAACCUGAAUAAGAUUGGAAUUUGGGAGAUCGUAUAUAUUUAGAGAGACAUAAUAAAAAUACUCUUAGAUAAUAGUUUUAUGAAGCAUUAUUACAUGAUCCUCAAGUAGUUCUAAAAUAUUUACCUGAUGAUGAUGCUCUUAUGGUUUGUUGUUAUUAUAAGAAUCCUCCUGGAAGAACAUUAAGAAAGAAAUGGUCAGCUGAAUGGAGAGUAUUACCAAAUUUGGAAUACUUUAUUUAAGUUCGUAAUUUUAAUAGUGAAUACUAUUAUGAUAUUGAUUAUUAAUAAAUUGGUGCUAUUACUGAAAGAUCAAAAAUAAUGUAUCCAACUGAUAAUUCAUUAAUAAUUGCAACCAAAUUUACAGUAGGAGAAGUUGAACGUUUAAGAUAUAGAGUUAUUAAAGAAAAUGUUGUAUUUGGAAUAUAAGGAGGUUUUUAUGCAUAAUUUAGAGAUUUGAGAAUGAGUGCUUAAGAUUAGAUAAUGAAUUUGACAUUUAAGAAUGGUCUUUGUUUAAGGUUUACUUAAAAGGGAGAAGUAGUUUAAUAAUAUUUGUAUUAAAAAUAAUAAGAAUAAACUUAAACAUUAUUAAAUUUAUAUGAUAAUGCAGAAAUCAAUCAUGAAUUAGAAAUUAAAAGAGUUAUUACAGGAUAAGGAACAGUAAUAGUUUAUAAAAAAGAUGGUUCAAUCAUAGUAUUAUAUGCAAAUGGUAAUGUCUCUAUGUACAAAAAUGAUAUGUGGAUAACAACUAAUAAUAAAGGAUUUAGAAAAUCAUAGAAGGGAAUAGAAAAGAUUCCUUGUGCUACAAAAAAUGAUCCUGAAAGUGGUGCCAAAGUUUAUAUUAGAGAUGAUCAAACUCUUAUUAUUUAUUAUAAGGAUGGAUCUCAAUAUACUUAACAUUAUGAUGGAACCAUAAUGCUUAUAAAAGGAGAUAAGGUGAUUGUUGAACAUCCUAAUUUUGCUAGUGUUGUAGUCACAAUAGACAAGGUGAAAUAGAGAACUGGAACUAUUAUUGGAAUGGGCAGUGCUUAUGCAAAUGUAGGUUUUGAUAAUAUAUUUGAAAGAAGUAAUGAUGGUAGAGUAGUUGAAACUUAUUAUUAAGGAUGCAAAAUCAUUUCAUAUAUUGAAAAAUAAGAAUUACCAGAGUAUAAAUAAUAUAAAACUAAUCGAAUUCAUUUGAUGUACACUUAAGAUGGGAGUGUUGCUAAAGUAGUUGAUGAUGGAGAAAUUGUUAUUGUAACUGCUGAAGAGAGAGUUAGACUCAAUAAUAAAGGAGAGAAGAAACCAUUAGGAUAAGAUUUAGAUUAUUGGUUAUAAUUGUUUUCUGUAUCAGAUGAACGUAAAGCUGGAGUUUAUACAAUUGAUUUGACUAGAAAAUGUAUUUUUACAAAAGAUGAAGAAUCUAAUUAUUUCUAAAUUGAUGAAGAUGGAACUGUUACAUCUAAGAUAUCAGUNAUUUGGGAGAUCGUAUAUAUUUAGAGAGACAUAAUAAAAAUACUCUUAGAUAAUAGUUUUAUGAAGCAUUAUUACAUGAUCCUCAAGUAGUUCUAAAAUAUUUACCUGAUGAUGAUGCUCUUAUGGUUUGUUGUUAUUAUAAGAAUCCUCCUGGAAGAACAUUAAGAAAGAAAUGGUCAGCUGAAUGGAGAGUAUUACCAAAUUUGGAAUACUUUAUUUAAGUUCGUAAUUUUAAUAGUGAAUACUAUUAUGAUAUUGAUUAUUAAUAAAUUGGUGCUAUUACUGAAAGAUCAAAAAUAAUGUAUCCAACUGAUAAUUCAUUAAUAAUUGCAACCAAAUUUACAGUAGGAGAAGUUGAACGUUUAAGAUAUAGAGUUAUUAAAGAAAAUGUUGUAUUUGGAAUAUAAGGAGGUUUUUAUGCAUAAUUUAGAGAUUUGAGAAUGAGUGCUUAAGAUUAGAUAAUGAAUUUGACAUUUAAGAAUGGUCUUUGUUUAAGGUUUACUUAAAAGGGAGAAGUAGUUUAAUAAUAUUUGUAUUAAAAAUAAUAAGAAUAAACUUAAACAUUAUUAAAUUUAUAUGAUAAUGCAGAAAUCAAUCAUGAAUUAGAAAUUAAAAGAGUUAUUACAGGAUAAGGAACAGUAAUAGUUUAUAAAAAAGAUGGUUCAAUCAUAGUAUUAUAUGCAAAUGGUAAUGUCUCUAUGUACAAAAAUGAUAUGUGGAUAACAACUAAUAAUAAAGGAUUUAGAAAAUCAUAGAAGGGAAUAGAAAAGAUUCCUUGUGCUACAAAAAAUGAUCCUGAAAGUGGUGNAAUAAAUUGAAAUGGCUUUGGAAUAACAAUAAAAAAUGAAAGACAAAUUACAUUUAUAAUAUUAUAAGCGAUAAUUAUCUGAUGUGCAAUUAUCAAAAGUAGGACCUUGUAUCUUAUUAGAAUGUUUAUUAGAUUAGUUAUCUGCUGAAGCUGCUUAUAUAUAAAGUUCUAAAGUACCUCCUUGUUUAGAGGAUUAAGAAGAUGCAGAAUAAGUUAAUAGACUUUUAGCUAAUCAAAAAAAAGAUUAAUAAUAAUAAGUAGAGAGUGCUAAAUAAUUGAUAUUAGAUGAAUGUGAUUAUAUUGAAGUAAGAGGACAUUUUGGAUAAUUGCAUGAUUAAUAAUUUAUUGUAGAGAGAGAACACAAGAUAUUUGACAAUUUAUGUUUUCCUGGUAUUGAUAGAUAAGGUAUGCCUGAAAUAGCAGAAAAAUCAGAAAAGUAAAGAAAGGCUAAUAAAGCAAAAUUGCAUCCAUUUAUAAAUGUAGAUGUAAGUGAAUUUGAAAGAAGACAAUUACUGUUAACUUUUGAAGAAUUACUAAAAGAAAAUGAACCUGAAUAAGAAUGGUAUUUGGGAGAUCGUAUAUAUUUAGAGAGACAUAAUAAAAAUACUCUUAGAUAAUAGUUUUAUGAAGCAUUAUUACAUGAUCCUCAAGUAGUUCUAAAAUAUUUACCUGAUGAUGAUGCUCUUAUGGUUUGUUGUUAUUAUAAGAAUCCUCCUGGAAGAACAUUAAGAAAGAAAUGGUCAGCUGAAUGGAGAGUAUUACCAAAUUUGGAAUACUUUAUUUAAGUUCGUAAUUUUAAUAGUGAAUACUAUUAUGAUAUUGAUUAUUAAUAAAUUGGUGCUAUUACUGAAAGAUCAAAAAUAAUGUAUCCAACUGAUAAUUCAUUAAUAAUUGCAACCAAAUUUACAGUAGGAGAAGUUGAACGUUUAAGAUAUAGAGUUAUUAAAGAAAAUGUUGUAUUUGGAAUAUAAGGAGGUUUUUAUGCAUAAUUUAGAGAUUUGAGAAUGAGUGCUUAAGAUUAGAUAAUGAAUUUGACAUUUAAGAAUGGUCUUUGUUUAAGGUUUACUUAAAAGGGAGAAGUAGUUUAAUAAUAUUUGUAUUAAAAAUAAUAAGAAUAAACUUAAACAUUAUUAAAUUUAUAUGAUAAUGCAGAAAUCAAUCAUGAAUUAGAAAUUAAAAGAGUUAUUACAGGAUAAGGAACAGUAAUAGUUUAUAAAAAAGAUGGUUCAAUCAUAGUAUUAUAUGCAAAUGGUAAUGUCUCUAUGUACAAAAAUGAUAUGUGGAUAACAACUAAUAAUAAAGGAUUUAGAAAAUCAUAGAAGGGAAUAGAAAAGAUUCCUUGUGCUACAAAAAAUGAUCCUGAAAGUGGUGCUAAAGUUUAUAUUAGAGAUGAUCAAACACUUAUUAUUUAUUACAAGGAUGGAUCUCAAUAUACUUAACAUUAUGAUGGAACCAUAAUGCUUAUAAAAGGAGAUAAGGUAAUUGUUGAACAUCCUAAUUUUGCCAGUGUUGUAGUCACAAUAGACAAGGUGAAAUAAAGAACUGGAACUAUUAUUGGAAUGGGUAGUGCUUAUGCAAAUGUAGGUUUUGACAAUAUAUUUGAAAGAAGUAAUGAUGGUAGAGUAGUUGAAACUUAUUAUUAAGGAUGCAAAAUAAUAUCAUAUAUUGAGAAAUAAGAAUUACCAGAGUAUAAAUAAUAUAAAACUAAUCGAAUUCAUUUGAUGUACACUUAAGAUGGGAGUGUUGCUAAAGUAGUUGAUGAUGGAGAAAUUGUUAUUGUAACUGCUGAAGAGAGAGUAAGACUCAAUAAUAAAGGAGAGAAGAAACCAUUAGGAUAAGAUUUAGAUUAUUGGUUAUAAUUAUUUUCUGUAUCAGAUGAACGUAAAGCUGGAGUUUAUACAAUUGAUUUAACUAGAAAAUGUAUUUUUACAAAAGAUGAAGAAUCUAAUUAUUUCUAAAUUGAUGAAGAUGGAACUGUUACAUCUAAGAUAUCAGUAUCCUUAAAUCAAGAACCAUCUACUCCUGAUUAUAUUCCAGAUGGUUUAUUUGUAGAUGAAGAAAAUAAAGUACUUCCACCACCAAAAUCAUGGGUUCCUCCAAGAUUAUUUUUAGUUAAAAAUGAUAAUACUGGUAUUGAAUUAUUUAAUCAAACUCAAUUAUAAGAUUACUUUAGACUUAAAUCAGAAAAUCCUUUCUGUACUAAAUUAAUUGAUGAAUUACCAAAUAAUGUCAAAUCUAUUUCAUUUCUAACUGAAUUAAAGAAUUAAUCUUAAAAGUUCAUUGAAGUCAAAAUACCUUAAACAUUAGAUAUUGUACCAAAAACUGUUUAAAAAACUACAAUAAUUCCUCAUAAAGUCUUUACUUAUCGAAAUUUCUUAGAAUAUCUUCCAUUUGAUAAAGAAUAAAGAGCUCUUCAUGAGUAAUCAUUAUAAAAAUAUGAAGUUUGGUAAAAAGCAAUGUAAAAAGCAUAAAAUGAAUUUGGAGUUAUACAAAAAUCAGAAGAUGAAAGAGAUGCUGAAUUUAUUAUUUAAAUGAAAAUCUUGGAAAGUAGAAGAACUGAUUAUUCAUAUGAAUCCUAUGAUUAAGCCAAAAGUAAAAUUACUUUACCAGAUACAACAUCCAAUAUUGUUGAACCUUUAGAAUAAACUCUUGUUAGAACUGCUAAAGUAUAAUAAGUUGUCUAAUAAGCCUUUGUUGAUUUACAUAGAAAAGUACAAACUAUUUAACUCUAAAAAUCAAUUAAACCAUCUGUUGAAGCUUAAGGUUUUGUAUAAAAUUACUUUGAUACAAAAGAAGGACAUGAAUAUUUAAAAACAGCUCCUGAAAAUCCUCCAAUAAAAAAACCAAGAGAAAGAAUAGUAUAACCUACAGAAGAAUAAUAAUAAUAAAUACACAAUUAAUAAGAAGUUUAAAAGACAAUACAAGAUGGAAUCAUUCCAUUAGAAUAACCUUAAUUACCUUCCCCAUAAUAUAAUGAUACAAAUAAUCUUACAAAAGUGAUUAUUAAACCUUCUGUAUUUACACAAGCAGAGAUAGAUGAUGAAGUUAAAUAAAGAAAAUAACUUGAUGAAUCAAUCAGAUAUAGAUAAGUAAAAAAGAAAGAUUUUGAUGUCUAUGGAAAAGAUAGAAAAGAUAUUAAAUUAGUACCUUGUCUUCUUAAAACUAAUCCAAAAUCUGAAUUGAAUUAAAAAUACAUUCUAACAGAUGCUAGUACAGAUAAUAGAAUUAAAAUAAGUUCUAUGGCUACUAGAGUUUAUUAAUAAGCUGCUCCUAUUAGUCAACUUAGAAAUGAAGGCAUGCAUCAAACUAUAAUAAGAACAUUAGAUAAGAAAAAUAAUUUAGAUGAUCUUAUAGACAAAAAGAAUCUUAUGGUUACUGGUGAUAUCAAUGAUAGAUUAAAGAAGGAUUUGUUAAUAUAUCCUAUAAAUGUUUAAUUUGGAGAACUUAAAUAAGCAGGAUAAUAUGAAUUCAAGAUCUCUGUUAAAAAUGAGGAUAUUAUGGCAUAACGUAUAAUUUUAAAGUAACCAUUGAAUACUAACAUCAAAGUAUUCAUGAAAUAAAUGGGCUCAGUAUUUUAUUAUAUAUAUAUGUUAUUUAGAUAUCUCUAGGUUUAGUCAGAGAAGUAUUUGUUCAUAUAAAUGCAGAAAGAGUUGGAUAAUUUUCUGAUGAAGUCUAAAUCAUGUCAAAACAUUCCAUUUAUACUAUACCAAUUACUGGAAAUGUACUUGAGUAGAACAUGUUUGAUAAACUUAAUUCAGAAUAGAUUAAACUCACUAAUAAACCUCUUUUAAGGAAGUAUGUUAGAGAUUUGAGAGCUGUAUUAUAUUAAUAAUUAUUAUUUACAGUCUAAACAAUAAGAUAUUAUUGGAGAUAGUUAGGAUUCUGAUCUUUUACCUAAGAUAAAUUAUGAUAAGAAUAUCAAAAUUGAUGCUUUUUAAAAUCAUAAGAAGGAUGAAUAAUCAUAUGAGGAAGAAAAUUGA